AUGGAGGGAGGAUUCGUUAAUCUAAUAGAGGAUGGUGGAGUUAAGAAAAGAAUCCUUUAAGAAGGUUAAGGGGAAAUGCCGAUAGACGGAUCAAGAUGCAAAAUAUUGUUUAAGGGAACUUUGGAUGAUGGAACCAUAUUUGAUUAAUAUUUAGACAAAGAGAGACCUUACAAAUUCAGAAUUGGAAAUGAAAUAUUAAUAAAAGGAUUUGACAUUGCUUUAAAGUCAAUGAAAGUUGGAGAAAAGGCAGAAUUGAAAAUCACUCCGAAUUAUGGAUAUGGUAAUGAAGGAGACUAAUAUAAAAAUGUUCCAUAAAAUGCUAAUCUCACUUAUGAGAUACAAUUACUCAAUUUUAAAGAGGGCAAAAUGUAGAAAUGGGAAAUGACGACUGAGGAAAAGCAACAAGAAGCUAUUAAUAAACGAACUAAAGGAACAUCACUCUUUAAGCAACAAAAUUAUAAAGAAGCUUACAAGAUUUACAAGAAAGCCCUCUCUUAUUGUACUCUAACUACUACAGAAGGCAAUGAGUUAAAAGCAAGUUUAUAGCUUAAUUUAUCAAUUUGCUCUUAUUAACUAGAAUAAUAUAAAGAUUCAAUUGAUUAUGCUAAGAAAGCACUUGAUUUAAAGACUAAUCAAUAAUAAAAAUUAAAGGCUUUGUAUCGAAAAGCCCUUGCUCACAUUAAAAUUACUGAAUUGGAUGAAGCAUAAGCUGAUUUAAGAGAAGCUUUAAAUAUAGAUUCUACAAACUCUGCUGUUAUUGAAGAAUUAUCAAAAGUGAAGUAAAUACUAAAGGAAACAAAGAUGAAAGAAAAGGAAAUUUAUUCUAAACUUUUCUAGCAAUAAUUGUAUGAUGAAUCUGAAAUUGAACCCAAGGAAAUUGAAAUAAAGGAAGCUAAAUCUGAAUGCUCAAGCCUUUGUGAUCCAAAUGAAAAUAUUGAAGAAGAAACCCAAGCUAAACCAACAGAUGAAAAUAUAUAUGACUAAAAACCAAAAACUGAUAAUAAUGAAAAUAAUAGAAAAAUCAGUGAAGAAUCAGCACCUGUUUGA